CUUGUGACCACUUGGAAAACGGAAAGACUGGAGCAGAAGGUCUGGAGUUGUUGCGGGAGGUUUAAGCAGCUGAAGGGUCUGUCCAGCGAUAACGAAUCACUGGGAGGACUGAGAUCAACAUGGCAGCUGUGGACAGCUUUCACCUUCUAUAUCGUCAAGUGGCUUGGUCAUGUCAGAGUCACAUGGAGUUUCUUGCUGUGGUUGGAGCACUGUAUACAGCUGGGAAAGGUCUCAAACUUAUAUGUCAAAGCUAUAAUCUGAUCAGAUUACACAUCACACCUCUUUUGUUCAGCAGGACAAACUUGGGUAGGCAGUAUGGAGCAUGGGCUGUAGUGACUGGAGCCACAAGUGGCAUAGCUCAAGCAUAUGCCGAAGAGUUGGCACGCUGCGGUAUGAAUGUUGUUUUGGUUGACAACAACAGAGAAAAGCUACAGAAAAUGUCUGAUUCCAUCACUGCCACACAUGGAGUAAACACUAGCUUUAUUGAGGUGGAUUUUUGCAAAGGCCAUGAAGCUUAUCGUCCGAUUAAGGAUGCCUUGAGACAUGUGGAAGUGGGAAUCUUGGUGAACUGUGUUGGAAAUUUUCUAGAAUAUCCACAGAGUGUUAUUGAAUGUCCUGAAGAACAACUGUGGAAGAUUAUCCAUGUCAGUGUUUCUGCGGCCACAAUUAUGGCAAAAAUAGUAGUACCAGGAAUGGCACAACGAAGAAGAGGAGCAAUAGUCAAUGUUUCCUUCCGAUCCUGUUGCAAACCUAACUUUCCAAUGACCAUGUACACUCCCUGCCAGCUUUAUAUGGAUGGCUUUACUAAAGAACUGCAAUCAGAAUUGUCUUCCAAAGGAAUCUUUGUGCAAUCUCUUACACCACUGUGUGUAGCAAAAGAGAGGACCUUACAUUACAGACCUUCGUUUCGAUUUCCCUUCUUGGUUCCGUCACCAGAGGUUUAUGCUCGUCAUGCUGUCCAAAUGCUGGGGGUUUCUCACAGGACUACAGGCUAUUGGGCUCACUCAAUGCAGCUUGCCGCAGCUUGUUGGCUUCCAGACUUCAUAUGCCAGCUCAUGGGAAGAUUCCUUCACACCGCAAGUGAAUAAGCAUUUUAGAAGUUUUUGUCAUUGCAGAAUAACCAUGGUAUUAUAACCAUUUGAAGAAUUUGGUAUACUAUAUAGUUUUAUUAGUAGAA